AUGGGCCGAGCCUAGCUAUCCAGCAAGCCACUUCAUAAUUAGCUGGGCCGAGCCUAGCUAUCCGGCAGCCCACUUUAUAAUUAGAUGGGCGGAGCCCAGAGUUUGUUUAGGGCUAUGUUUUUCACACAGAAUCUGUAUCUCAAAAUUAUGAUGUCAUUAAUCAUAUAUUUAUGAUAUAUUAAAAAAAAAAAUUACCAAAAUAAAAAAUUAGGGUGCGCACUGCGAUAUAUCAUAUACUUACCCACGCUCACAAGGAAAAUAAGAGUCCUGAUCGAAUCUUAAUAAAAGAGGGAGAGAGAUAUUCUGUUUACAAGUCUAGAUAUACACAAAUUCAAUUCGUUCAAACUUAGCAAACUCAAAACUCUUAUAUGUAUAUAUAUAUAUAUAUAUAUACAUAUACAUAUAGGUUUUACAUGUUAUUAGAUGGAUCGAGAUCUUCCAAAUAAUCCCAAAUCCACCAGAGACAUGGAAACGAAGAGCAACAUGUAUGGAGAGAUUGAAGAGAUUUACGAUCAAGUUCAAACCAAAUUCAACAGCUUCAAGAACUUCCGAAUAUCCUCAAAUAAUCCGUUCGAUCACCAUUACUUCAGUUACAGGAGUAGCUACAGGAACAUCAGUUUGUGGCCAAUCUUCAGUCGAAGGAUCAGUCAAGAAUGGGAGUUUCUGGAACAAAAUACUCCGAGUUCGAUUUUCCUCAGGGCGUACGAGCAGAGGAUUAAUCUUAUGAGGGCAGCUAUUGUGGGCCCGCCCGGAACUCCUUAUCACCAUUGCUUGUUUUUCUUCGACAUAAUCUACCCCUCGGAUUAUCCCGCUACCCCUCCAAAGAUAUACUCUCUGUCCGAUGGGAUUGAUUUGGACACGACGAGCUUACGCUUCUGCAGUAAGGUUGAAGAGUGGAGCCCUGAAGAGUAUAGUAUUUUGCAUGUACUUGAGUCAAUCCAGGAUCAGAUCUUCGGUUCUAAAUCACCCGAUACUGCAAAGAGUUGUCUUUUUUUCUCGUCUCCUAAAUCGGAAGAAGUGAAGUACGAUGAAGAGAUGGAUUUUUCGUUAAUGUGUGAAAAGAUGAUCAAGAUUUUGAAGAGACCUCCGAGGGAUUUUGAGGAUUUCGUGCCGGGGUAUUUCAGGAGCAGGGCGCAUCCGAUUUUGAUGAAAUUUAAGGAAAAGAAUUACGACAGUGAGGCUAUGAUUGAUUUGUUUGUGACCAUGUUUAAGAUGUUUGAAAGCACGGGAGCGUACUGCAAACACCAUCUCGAUUUCUUGAAAUCGCAAAAGAAUAAGAGUAAACAAAAUCUAGAUUCCUUGGUGGCACAAAAGACAAAGAGCUCAGAAAAGAACAAAGCAAUAGUUAGCAGUCUUCAAGACCAUUUAUUUGCUAAUUGUAGGUUGAAUUAGCUUAGUUUAGUUUCAAACUUCCGACCGGAGUUUGAUCCUGCAAAUUCGUGCAUAGGAUCGAUUCCUCUAAUCUUCACUUUGAUUUAGUGCAACAUAGGAAAGAUUCCUCUUUACUUUGAUUUAAUGCAAAUUUUCAUUUUAAUGUUCUUGAUUUUA